UUGUUUUAUCAGUCACACUUCAAAUAAUUCAUAGAAAGCAUUCCAAUAAUUUUUAGAAAAAAACUAUCAAGUCAAAUUUUGAUUUAACUGCAAUAGAAAUAGUAAUAAAAAUUAAUAGUCCAAAAAUGGUGAGUCAGGCAACGAUUGCGAUAACUGGAGUGCUGCAGGUUAUGGGCAUAUCGUUUUUUGUGAACCAGCCAAAUAAUCAAUGCUCGCCGGCACCCUCUUUGGGCGCAUAUCUUUUCCUGCUGGCCAUCCUUUUUCUGCUGUGGGACGGAGACGUGAUACCAAAGCGGUACAAGAAGUCCUCUCCAAGGCUAUUCGCCUUCGUAGAAAUCCUCGCUACGGUUUUCAUUACCGAGCUGAUAAUGUUGAUCGGCUGGUGUGGCUACGAGCGAAUGGCUUUCAAGACGGCGAGUAUGAUUUGCCGGCAGUCUGAGUGGUGCGAGUACGGUCUGCUAAUAAUUAUCACAAUUUUGGGUGCUCUUAUUACCAUGUGUAUUGUGGCCGAGGUUGUGUGUCCGGUCAAAAUGAAGGACACAAUGGGGGGCAUUUUGGAGGGUAUGCCCAUUCCUUUGUGCGCCGGUCCAGUUAUCGAUCACAUUCAGGACAUCAGGAGCUAUGUGAUGGGAGCCGUCUUCUUUAGCCAGUUGACUCGGGUGCAGCGGUUUCAGGCAAUUCGCGCCUUUCAGAUGCAACUGCGCCGUCCGAGGGUCCCGAAUCAGGAGAGUCAAAAACCAAUGUGGCAGGAGGAUCCAGAUGAGCAGACCAUAGGGCUGCAGCAGGGCAUGGAGCUGGAGGAGCAGCAGGAAGCCGAACUGGAAGCAUAGCCGGUGCAGGUCCAAGAGUUGUUCUCGUAAAUUGUUUAUUAUUUAUACAAAUUUAUGCCAACAGCUGUUGCUAUUGCCGGCCUUGUU